AAAGAGCAUAUCGUAAGUUUUUCGGAUCCAAAAUUACUAAAACCUCGAAAUGCUAAUCUUUGGUUUUUGUGUUUGCAGAUGUUGUUUAAACUUAUAUUGAUUCUUUCAGAUACUUGAAGCCGAACACCAAGUCAAUACCAUUCCUAGAGACCCGCUCGGAAGUAGAGCCUGGAGAAGUAUAAGAUAUCGGGGGUCGAGAGACGAGAAUAAGAACUGGGAAGGUUGCGCGAGUGUUGUUCUGUGUAAGAAGCACUUUUGCUGAGAGAGACAUCUCAUUCGGCGAGCCAUAGAACCUCGAAGGUAUAUAGGCAUACGUGCAAGAGACUCAGUGAUCGACUCGCGAGUCUAGAGAAAUAAUGGGCAUAUACGAGAAGAAUCCCCUCUGGAAUGAUGUGAUACCAAUAGCACAAGAUGAUGGAGAGGGUGCUUUAGCACAAAUCGCAUACACAGAUGAAUACGCAGAGGGUGAGAUUAAAUACCCCUCAUCUUCAUUUCGGAAGACUAACAUUUUCCCAGCAAUGGGAUAUCUUCGCGCCGUAAUGGCAAGCAAAGAAUACUCACCCCGCGUCCUCGAACUCACUGAACACAUCAUAACACUCAACGCAGCCCACUAUACCGUCUGGCUAUAUCGCGCCAACACUCUCUUCGCACUUUCCUCCUCUGUUCCUGAAGAACUUGCCUUUGUAAAUGAAAUUGCCCUGGAAAACCAGAAGAAUUAUCAGAUAUGGCAUCAUCGACAACUCCUCAUCGAUUAUCUUUACCCCUCAAUUUCAUCCUCACCUGAGUCAAUCAAAGCGCUCGCAGAUUCCGAACGAAGUUUUUUGACACAAAUGUUCGAUGAAGAUGCGAAGAACUACCAUGUUUGGAGUUAUAGACAAUAUUUGGUUGUGAAAUUGGAUAUGUUUAACGAGGCAGAAUUGAAGAGUAUAGAGGAAUUAAUAAGGAAAGAUGUGCGGAAUAAUAGCGCAUGGUCAUAUCGAUUUUUUCUCGUCUUUUCGGAUCCUAAAUACUCGACAAAAGGAAUGCGGGCAAAUGAGUUUGAUGAGAAGAUUCCGAAAGUGAUAGUAGAUAGGGAAAUCGACUACGCGAAAGCAGCCACAUAUAAGGCGCCACAGAAUCAGAGUUCGUGGAAUUAUCUUAAAGGUGUUGUGAGGAAAGGGGGAGUGAAGAUGGAGAGUUUAGAAGAGUUUGCAGGGGAGUUUGUUAAGCUUGGGGAUGAGCAUGGAAAGGGUGAGGACGUAAGGAGUAGUCAUGCAUUGGACUUUUUGGCGGAUAUCUGGGCAGAGAAAGGGGCUUGGGAGAAAGCUGAUAAAGCGCUUCAGUUACUGGGGGAUAAGUAUGACAAGAUUCGAAAAAAUUAUUGGGAUUGGAGGAGGGUGUCGUUGAAGGAGAUGAAGGGUUAGUUAGGAGCGAGUGUUGAAUAGGUAUGAGAUGAUAUAAAAUGACUAGUUGGUUGUUGUAGCGUAGCGUUGACCUGAAGAUCGUGCAUCUAUCUACCUAGGUAUCUAUCUAGGUAUCUAUCUAUUCCCUUGUUGUAAUUGCUUGGGAUGGGAUGACCUUAUACGAAGGCGAGGAGGUAUGGGGGUGCUUUAAUGAAAUGAAAGUAAAUUGCACAGAGCCACACGGUCAC